AACGGCUAUAUGCAACUGCCACUGUCUCAGAAACUGAGGAAUUUCCGACAGAAGUAAAUUUAGGGACCCGUGCGUUGCGUCUCAAAUGGAUUAACAUUGGAAAGAUAAGUACAAGAAAACUAACAAAAAAGCUGAUCAAGCAAAUAAAAAUAAUUUUUUUUAAAACAUGACAUUAUUCCAAUUCUAAAAUAAAAGAAAGGGGAAACCCCCGUUGGAAACACCUUCUUUAUAAAAAUAGGUCAACGUUCCGAAUUGGAAUAAUUUCAUGAUCUACUUAUCAGCCAUGUAACCUUAUUACAUAAUAAUAUGCUUUUAAUCGGGUUAGCCAAGGUUUGCCUGACGAAAGGGCGUGUUAACAACUUAACAAGGAAAUGCACCGUUAAACUUGCACAACAAGUUUAAAAUGCCAGAAACAAAAUUCAAAACCAAUAGAAGAUAAAAAUGCAAUCGUUCAAACAACAAACGUCUGGGACAUCAAACGUUUUACUCUCUUCGUCAAAGAAUGUUGUACCAUACAAAAUUUUAAUCAUUCUACUAAGUACUGAAUUGGAAAAUUGCACUUUCAGUAAAUUGUUUACAUUUGUAACUCUUCUGGCAACUGUUAUUAACCGAUGGACUAGUUUAGCAAGGGUGGUUUCAUAAAGGGUGGCUUAUACCAUGUUACAUUCAUUAUUCCGAGUCUUUCUCCAAAGCGUACAAUGUAGUGACAAUGACACUCAUUGUAGCUAAAAUAGGAAUUGCUGUUUGGUCUGUUAAAACAACAACGGACGACUGGACUGAAUGGAUUACGAGCUAAAUGUUGUCUGACUGGAUUUGCAGUACCAAGUUUGGACCAUUUGGACGACACGUUAGAAGCAGGUAGUUUUCGUCCGUCUCUCAUUCGAGCUGCGUAUCGCAAAAACGUCUCGGUCUAAAAAAAAAAUAAUAAUUCAACGGUGGAUUGUGUCUAUAGAUUGGAAUCGAUAAAGGGAGACAGCGGCAUACGUUCGGUCAUCGUGGGUCAGAUAUACUGUACGUCUGGUAGAAAGCUUUCUUCGUUAAAAAUUGUUUAACAUUUCAAUUGUCACAAAACUCUACAGAUUUUAGAGUGAAGAACGAGGACUAGCAGCCGUAACAAUGUCAAAACUGUUUCUGCUUUUCCUAUUGGGUGCCACGUUAGCAGCGCCUGGUGAAACGGCAGUGAAUCAAUCAGAUGAUCACGCUAACUAUAAUACGAGGCAGAGGUUUGUGGUGCCGAUGUUAAAAGAUAAAGCUGGCAACAUCAAUUUAUCAGCUGAAAUAAAAAAUCAUCCGACGACUCACGCCGAACGGAGUCACGGUGAAGGGGAAAAACAUCAUGGAAUUCACGUGGCCGAUUGUCGCUGGGACGAAAUUGGAAUCUACAUCACGUUCACCACUUUCAUCAUUGUGGCCGGUUUGGCCAAAGUGGCUUUCCAUCACGCACACUUCAUCUCGUCUAGAAUACCCGAGUCAUGCUUACUGAUUCUGCUCGGGACAGCUGUCGGCGGAAUUCUUUAUGUGGCCGGAUUUCAAGGCUCAGGUCAACAGGCCAGUUUGACCAAUGAGGAAAGUUUCAUGUUCCCAACGUUCACACCGAAACUUUUCUUUUUUAUUCUACUGCCUCCCAUCAUUUUGGAAGCAUCUUAUUCGCUGUACGAUCGAGCGUUUGCCGAUAAUACUGGAACCGUCCUUUUCUACGCUGUCAUUGGCACCAUCUUCAACACGUUCGUCAUAGGACUGUCUUUAAUCGGUUUGGUGACAGUCGGGUGGAUCGGUGCUGUCCACAUCUCCGAGGGAAUUAACACGACAUCGUUGGCUGACCCGCUAUAUACGUUACAGCCCACCGACUGCUUAGUGUUUUCUGCGCUCAUCUCCGCUGUUGAUCCUGUGGCAGUUCUUGCCAUUUUUCAAGAAAUCGGAAUCAACAAAGACCUUUACUUCCUUGUCUUUGGAGAGUCUCUUCUUAAUGACGCUGUGACAGUCGUCCUCUAUUCGAUGAUGGUGGCUUUCGCCCAAAUGGAAGGCCACGUCGGUGGAGAACAAUAUGUUCUUGGUUUUGUCUCAUUUUUCACCAUAAGUCUCGGUGGCUUCGGAAUAGGAAUCGUCUGUGGAUUGUUGACAGCACUUAUUACUCGCACCACGUCCGAAGUUCGCGUUGUUGAACCACUAGCUGUACUUGGAAUGGCCUAUUUCGCCUACAUGUGCGCAGAACUUUUUCAUUUUUCUGGCAUCAUCAGUUGUAUCGGCUGUGGCCUUGUUCAAGCCCAUUAUGCCUUUCCCAACAUCUCGCGCAAGUCUCACACGACCGUAAAAUACUUCAUCAAAAUGCUCAGUUCAACAAGCGACUGUAUUAUUUUCCUGUUUUUGGGUAUGGUGCUCGUCAACGAUGUCCAUGAAUGGCACACUGGUUUCGUUCUCUGGACCCUUUUUUUGUGCCUCGUUGUCCGAUUCCUUGGUGUUUUUUUGCUCACUUCCAUUGCCAAUCGAUUCCGGCUUAAACCAGUCAACUUGCGGGAGCAAUUUAUAAUGGCUUAUGGAGGAUUGCGAGGUGCUGUCAGUUUUUCACUAGUAGAGAUGCUUUUGCCGAGUGUCAUUUUGCCACGUCAAAUGUUCGUUACAACCACAUUGGUUGUUGUUCUAUUCACCGUCUUCAUACAGGGCGGGACCAUCAAACUGUUUGUCCAUCUCUUAGACAUCAAGAAAGACAGUCAAUCCGUUAAAUAUCUUAUUAACGAAAUGAACGAGACGUUGUUUGACCACUUGUCUGCCGGAUUCGAGGGGAUCUGUGGUCAACGGGGUAAUAACUUCCUCAGGGGGAAAAUCGAACAUAUCGACGAGGGUUACCUGAGACCAAUCUUCACGCGGCGCUCGGAAAAGGAUCCUCUACAACUUUUGUUCGAGAAACUGACUCUAUCGGAGCACGAGGCGAACAUGUACAACAUAGGUGGUAAAACAAGUGAUUUUGCCACCCCUGAGCUUGCCGAGAUAAACGAUUCGCUCAUGAUUUCUGAACUUAUGAAAGAAUCAACAGCGUCUCUAUCUUCUGCGGGUAGCGUCAGAAUGUCGCCCUUACUUCAACGAGCAUCACCAUACCUGGGCCACGUGAAACAGCAAGAGAGAACAUCCUUGAAAAGAUUGGUCGAUGCCGUUGGUGUGUUGCGACAGAAGAGUGCCCCGCCUGAGAACCUGCAACCUCCACACGUUCCCAAAUCCACCUCACGGCGUUCCAUAUCCCUGGAUCCGGAGAUAACGGCGCAUGUAUUCCGUAAAGCUCUCCGGACCAACAGCAGCAAUCAAUCACGACGGUUUUUCGAGAGGCGUAAUCUCAUCAAAGAUGAUGAUUUGCCGGAUCCAUCCAAAUGGAUGGCUGUUCGGCGAAGGCUAUCGAAACCUUCCGACUCUUUGCUGCCUGGUGAUCGUUUUGCACAGACUGUUCUAUCUGUCAUGAAUUCUCAGUUGCCAAAACCAAAAGGACGUUUUGCCCAAACUGUUGGUUCCGUAAUGAACUCUCAACAAUCCAAACCGGGAACAUCAAUUUCGCCAUUAGCCACAUUUAAUGUAUCAUCGUCGAAUUUCGAUAAUGGAACCAAUGGUCAACAGCAACUGGACACAUGUUUUACUGAAAAUGAAUGUUCGUCCACAUUGGAGUCAAAUAAACAAUCUGGAUUAGGGAACCCCACGGGCCUUACAGCCCCCCUGGAAGUUAUGGUUGAGCGUGGUAGAGAGCGCAGUGGGUCCAGCACUCACGCCCAAGACUCAGAAAAUGAAGAACCAGGUGCUCCUCUAAUCACGGCCAAAGCUUCUGUCAAGGGAGACACUGAAAUAUAAUAUUUUAUAUAUUGCUUUCCCAGUGAACGUUGUGCAGGGUUAUUGAAAAGUGACGUUUUAAAACUAAAAACAUAAUAAAUAUAUGAAAUUUUCCCGUUAAGAUUACGGUAGAAAGGAUAUUCAACUGACGGCUUUAUGCCACGUGAGUCAGCACUGACGGUGGCUUUAAAAGAUUUUGGUUAUUGGUUUGUCACAUUUUGUUAUUAUUUAUGUCUCUGUACAUUAGAAAAAAGUUUUAGAAUGCUACAUGUACUGCUUUCGUGAAACUUUUAAAGCCUACUGUCAUCUAAUCGUAUGAAAUUAUUUUAUAUUAUCCAAUAUGGUUGAGAAAUACAGCGAUAUAAAACUUUUUAAAAAAUCAAAACGGUAAA